UAAACCGUAUGAUAGAAUAGAACAAGAAAACUCUUUAGUCAGUUUCUUCAGAACAUAGACUACGAUAAUGGCAGAAUUAAAUAGCGUUGUGAAGCUUUUUGAAGAAAAAGAACUAAUCAAAGUUUGUGCACCAAUGGUGAGAUAUAGCAAAUGUUUCACUCAAUAUUAAGUGGGAGAUUGUUGAGAUGGUUCUUGUGAAAUGUAUCCCUUAGUGUUUUGUACUUUCUUCACCAAUAUUAGGCCAGCAUGAGACUUCAAUUUCGUUCUCUGGUGAGACAUUACAACUGCGACUUGUGCUUUACCCCUAUGAUAAUGGCUGAUUCAUUUGUAAAAUCUGUAAAAGCUAGAGACAAUGAUUUUACAACUAAUGAAGGUGAUAAGCCGUUAAUAGUACAGUUCGCUGCCAACAAUGUAGAAGACUUUGUAUCAGCAGCAGAAAUAGUUUCUCCAUACUGCGAUGGGGUGGAUCUCAACUGUGGAUGCCCACAGAGGUGGGCUAUGAAGGAAGGUUAUGGUUCAGCACUCCUUCAAAAACCUGAGCUUAUCAGGGACCUUGUGCUGCAAUUGCGUAACCAGAUUCCGAAACCAUUCAGUGUAUCCGUCAAGAUAAGGCUGUUGAAUGAACUAAGGAAAACUGUAGAAUUGUGUAGAGCUGUCGAGGCUUGUGGAGCAACAUUUGUGACAGUCCACGGUCGCACCCCGCUACAACGAACAGAACCAGUAAAUAUUGCAGCAUUCAAGGAGAUCAGGGACAGUGUGAGUCUCCCUCUUAUUGCAAAUGGUGAUGUCAAAACCCUUCAAGAUGCUGAGAGAUUACAACGUGUCACAGGUUACAAUGGUGUGAUGAGUGCUCGUGGCAUUCUACAGAAUCCAGCACUGUUUGCAGGUCACAACAAGACUCCAGUCUCAUGUGUUGAAAAGUGGUUAGACUUGUCAUUAACUUCAGGGCUCAACUUCGUGUGUUUUCACCACCAUCUGGUGUUCAUGGUGGAGAAGAUUAUGAACAAGGCCAACCGCCGGGUGUUCAACAAUCUCAACUCAACAGCUAGUGUGGUUCAGUAUCUAGCAGACUACUUCAACAUAGAAGUGCCAGCAGAAUUUACAUCUUCUACAUCAACUCCUGACAUAUUUUCCAGCACAGUUUCAAAUGUGGUAACAACUACAAAUGGAAAAAUCAAUGACAAAUCUAUUGAAGAUUAUUUGGAGGACUCGUGUGAUUUAUAUGCUAGUCAUCAAAUAGAAAAAUAAAAGUUAAACCCAACAUA